UAUAUGCUUACUCUCCUCACAUACCAGGAGUAAGAUUUCCGGGUUUGAAUCACCCGGGAAUAGUUGGAACAGCUCCCUCAAUGGAACUUCUUAUUAUUUGGAAUGAAAGGGAAAGACAGCUUGUUGAGAAUGGAGUUGAGUCUUUGAAACUUUGUGAAGUUGUGCAUCAACGGCCAAUGUCUAGCUUACCAACAACAAAGGGUUGUCUCCUCGGAAAGAUCCAAGAGGGUACUCUAGAGUGGGAGAAGAUAGCUAGGGAGGCUGCAAGGACCAUACCAGGAAGAGAAAAUGGUGGGAACUGUGACAUUAAAAACCUAAGUACAGGAUCAAAGAUCUACCUUCCUGUAUUCGUAGAGGGAGCAAAUCUAAGUACUGGUGACAUGCACUUUUCUCAGGGAGAUGGUGAAGUCUCAUUCUGUGGGGCAAUUGAGAUGAGCGGCUUUCUCGAUCUCAAGUGUGAAAUAAUAAGGGGUGGAAUGAAAGAGUAUCUGACACCAAUGGGGCCAACUCCACUUCAUGUAAACCCAAUAUUUGAGAUAGGCCCUGUUGAACCAAGAUUCUCAUAAUGGCUUGUCUUUGAGGGUAUAAGCGUUGAUGAGAGUGGGAGAC